UUUAAAUUGAACUCCACCUUCAACCCCAAAACCCUAAAACUUUCUACAGUACAUUACAGAGCCCCUAAAACCCUGUUGAAGCUCAAAAUAAAAUAAAAUGGGGCGUAACAAGAACACAAAACAAAACUCUUCUUCAACCGACAAUGGAAAUUUUGAAAACCCAGAUAGCAUGAGUGUUGAUGAAGUAACCAUUGGUGAAAUUACCAUUAACGAAGCUGGAGCAAGCUCCAAUCUUCCCAAUGAUAGAACCAGCGCAGAUUAUUACUUUGAUUCUUACUCCCACUUUGGUAUUCAUGAAGAAAUGUUGAAGGAUGUGGUGAGAACCAAGACAUAUCAAAAUGUUAUUUAUAAAAAUGACUUUCUUAUUAAAGACAAGGUGGUUCUUGACGUUGGAGCAGGGACUGGAAUCUUGUCACUUUUUUGUGCCAAAGCAGGGGCUAAGCAUGUCUAUGCGGUAGAGUGCUCCGACAUGGCAGACAUGGCAAAGCAGAUUGUUGAAACAAAUGGAUACUCUGAUGUCAUCACUGUUCUGAAGGGGAAAAUUGAAGAACUUGAGCUUCCUGUUAAAGUAGAUAUUAUCGUGUCCGAGUGGAUGGGCUACUUCCUUUUGUAUGAGAACAUGUUGAAUACAGUUCUCUAUGCCCGUGAUAAGUGGUUGGUUGAAGAUGGUAUUGUCUUCCCAGAUAAAGCUGCUCUUUAUAUAACGGCCAUUGAGGAUGCAGAGUACAAAGAGGACAAAAUUGAGUUUUGGAACGAUGUUUAUGGUUUUGACAUGAGCUGUAUAAGAAAGCAAGCCAUGCUUGAGCCACUAGUUGAUACAGUUGACCAAAAUCAAAUUGUCACAAAUAGCUGUCUACUCAAGACAAUGGACAUAUCUAAGAUGACACCCGGUGAUGCUUCCUUCACUGCUCCUUUUAGACUAGUGGCAGAGCGCAAUGACUACAUUCACGCUCUUGUAGCUUAUUUUGAUGUGUCAUUUACAAGGUGCCAUAAAUUAAUGGGCUUCUCGACAGGACCAAAAUCACGAGGAACACACUGGAAGCAGACCGUCUUGUACCUCGAGGAGAAGAUUGUAAUGUGCGAAGGAGAAGCUAUUGUUGGAACAAUGUCUGUUUCCCAGAACAAGAAGAAUCCUCGUGAUGUCGAUAUAAUGAUCAAUUAUUCGUUUGAAGGCAAAAAUUGUGCAGUAAAAAAGACUCAAUGUUACAAGAUGCGAUAGUUCAAGUUCAAAUUAAACUUCCAUUUUUCUUGUCAAAGCUCGAGAAAUUUGCAGUUUUUGAGAGGUAUGCAGAUUCGAUUUCCUCCUUAUAUUAGACAAUGUGUGAGGAGGAGAUGAAGUUUGCGACUAUGGCAUUCAUUUUUUUAAAAAUUUUCGUUUAUUUUUUUUUUGAAAUGAAUUAAUUUGUCAUGUUGUAAUAUUUAGUGAACUAUUUAAAAUUUUGGUAAUUUGAUGUAUUCUUUGAUAUUUUAAUGUCUUUAGUCUUGUCAUUUACCAACAA